AUGCAUCCGGAGAUUGAUGCCAACUGUUUCUGGGCAGCAACAAGAAACGCUCAUCUUUGGCUAGGUUCGAUUAUCGCUGUAAUGUGGAUGAUAAUAUUAAUAGCUGCUAUGUUUCGAGCCGAAUCUCUGUUUUCGCAUGACAAAUCACUUAUGGAUGGUAUAUGGAAGCAUAGAAGACGCUUGAAACUGAGCAAUACGCUACUCGUCAAAAAACUUGAAGUUUAG